GCUCAGGUCAGUCAGACCUGCAAUUCAAGAGAGAACCGUCUUCCCUGAUGUAUGAUCCAAGUGUGAAUCGUGCCGUAUUUCGUUGUUCAGUAGCUCCAGCCAAUGCUGAGGUUAACUGGUUAUGGAACGGAAAACUUGUAAAUAAUUCGUUAAAUUAUUUAAAGUUCAAAGAAAACAGGAGAAAACUAAUAGUAGCGUUCCCUAGUGGCGGAAAAUGGUUCCUAGAAAAACAAAAAGAAAAUAUAUUUCAGUGUGUUGUUUCAUUAGGAGGAAAGGCAUUAGUCAGUCGACCAGCAAAGCUUAUAGUUUCAGAGCUAAGUUCGUUCCCUCCUCAAGAAGACGUCCGUCUUUCUGUUGUUGUUGGUAACGUUGCUGUGAUACCUUGUAAGCCUCCGCCUGGUGUUCCUCGCGUCAUUACAAAGUUUGUCUUCGACAACAGAAACAUAGACAAAACUGAAG